AUGCGCCCAAGCAAGGAUCUUAGGGCAUGGCCCAAAGAAGCUGUCGUCAGAUUGCCGAUCACAGCAAUUUGGUCUCCGAUAUCCGAGUGUGCAAUGUCAACAUCCUCCAGCGUUAGGGAUGGCAUGGGACCAAUGAUGGUCCGAUGCAAUGCCCUCGCAUUGCGGGUUAACACCAGCAAAUCCCAGCGACAACUUGUACUGGGAAUCGCGGUGCACUCGAUAUGUCCACUUGAGAAUUGCAAGGUUCUCAACAUCUUGGGCCUGUGCCACAGGUACCCAGAGGCCAUGCAGUUGUGA